AGGUGUAGUGGUCACUUCCAUGUGUCCUUCAGGUUUCAUGCAAAUUUAUUCACUGUUAAUCCGUCCAUGUAGGAAUCGAAUAAUUUCUGAACGCUUUUAGUAUUAAUUAUUCAUUUUAAUUGUUUUCUGAUUUAUCGGAAAGCCGUGCACUGCCGCCGCUGCUGGCUUCAUUCUUACAGCUUUGGGGAUUCAUAAACGGGAAUGAAGUGAAGUCUCGCGAGAACAGAGGGAUAAGUGGGCUUUGGCUGUCAGGGUUGUGCCUGUGGGAGACGGCAUAGAGAAACUCUGAAUAUGAGUGAUGACAAACCGUUCCUCUGCACUGCACCUGGCUGUGGUCAGCGAUUUACAAAUGAAGACCAUUUGGCAGUCCAUAAGCAUAAACAUGAGAUGACCCUCAGGUUUGGUCCAGCACGCAGUGACAGUGUCAUCAUCGCUGACCAAACACCGACACCCACACGCUUUCUGAAGAACUGUGAGGAGGUCGGACUGUUCAACGAGCUCGCUAGUCCCUUUGAGCAUGACUUCAAAAAGGCCACGGAGGAGGAUAUUAAAAAGUUACCUUUGGACUUGUCACCUCUUGCGACUCCUGUUGUACGAAACAAAAUCGAGGAACAUGCAUCUCUGGAAUCCCAUCGAGACAGCCCUCUGCCCCAUCCCGAGUCUACAACCAGUGAUGACAAGGAGGUUUCUUUGCAGCCGACCUCUCUGCCUACGUCCACUAUAGUCCGUCCUGCCUCCCUCCAAGUCCCCAAUGUACUUCUGGCCAGUACUGACGCUAGUGUUGUUAUUCAGCAAGCCCUUGCAUCUCCAACAUCUAGUUCUGUUAUAACUCAAGUCCCAUCCUCUAAUAGGCCAAUAGUUCCUGUGUCUGGCACAUUCCCAGUGAUUCUGCAGCUGCCAAAUGGACAGACCAUGCCCGUCGCCAUCCCAGCCACCAUCGCCAGCUCUAGUGUACACAUCCCCACUGCCAUACCUCUGGUAAGACCAGUCACCGUAGUGCCUAACGUUCCCGGGAUCCCCGGCCCCUCCUCUCCGCAACCUGUCCAAUCAGAAGCAAAGAUGAAGCUGAAGGCAGCUCUCAGUCAGCAGCUUCCUCAGGUAACGAACGGAGACACGGAGCAAAGCCGUGCCGCCAGCCAGACUCCGCCUCCAGCCCCGCCCCCAGUCCCACCACCAGCUGAGGAGACACGUCCACAAUCACUACAACAACCAGCAACGUCAACCACAGAAACACCUGCAUCGCCAGCCACGCCCGCUCAGCACACACCCAGUACAGGUGGGCGGCGGCGCAGGUCAACCAAUGAAGACCCCGAUGAAAAAAGACGAAAGUUUCUGGAGAGAAACAGAGCAGCGGCCUCGCGCUGCAGACAGAAAAGGAAAGUGUGGGUACAGAGUCUGGAGAAAAAAGCAGAAGACCUGAGCUCUAUGAACGGACAGCUGCAGAACGAGGUGACUCUGUUACGGAACGAGGUGGCCCAGCUGAAGCAGCUCCUGCUUGCUCAUAAGGACUGCCCGGUGACGCUCAUGCAGAAGAAAUCCGGCUUCCACUUGCUCGAUAAGGAGGACAGCAGUGAGGAGAUGUCCGUCCCCAGCAGCCCUCAUAACGAGGCCAUCCAGCACAGUUCUGUCAGCACAUCCAAUGGCGUGAGCUCCUCUACAGCAUCCGGCUCUGCCACCGGGCCAACCACAGACCAGAGCACAGAGGGGGAGGAGUCCAGCACGGCCCCGGCCACUCACACCCAGCACACUAAGAGCUGAUCGGGAUUCUCUGCGGUUACUUUGAUUCCUGGCAGCCAUGUUGACGCGAGGUGGAAAAACAUCCCUCACGUUCCUUCAGUCUGGAGAAUACUCAUCACGUUUUACUUAAUUCGCCAUGAAACACAUUUGAGCAAAAUGUAGUAAAGAUGCAAAUGGAUGGCACUUUACAAACUGUGAGCAAGAUUGUACUGAAUGUCUGAUUUAUUUUUUUUCCCGCUCCUUCUCUUUAGUAUCCAUGUUUAUUUAUUAUCUUGAGUUGUGUGACAUUGGAACUCUGAUGUAAUGACUGACUCGGGUGUGUUUUAUAUAAGAGUCAAAUGCCAAAGUGUGUCAUGGCUCGUUGUAACGGGAAAUCGAUUUCCUCCAGCACUACUGCAGGCCUACAGAGAGAAGGAGCAGCCACGUUUAUUUCUGUACAUGCCUUUUCCAUUUUGCACAUGAGGAGAGACAAGCGGUUUACUUUUUUAUGUAGUGUUUGACUGUGGAAACAGCCACUUCUGGCAGCUUCUAGGAGUAGAUUUGAACACAUGCAUUAUUUCAAAUCUUCAAUGAUCGAGCGCAGUUUAAACACUCUUUUAUUAUUUCGUGAGCGGGCUAUCGGCUACGUCCACAAGUGCUAUGAUGUGGGCAGAAUGUUUUAAGUAAUCUUAGGCCUGUAAAAGCAAGUCUUAAGGAUAUUUGGUUUAGAAUCACGUCGUUUUAAGAGCAAAGCUUUGAUCAACAUUCCAUGAGUAGUUUGUUCCAGUUGGGUAACUGUAGGACUGUAGAACAUAUUUCCCCACACAGACAUGUGUUUGAUGUUGAUUUUAGCCGUGUGCCAUUUUUUAAAAGAAAAUCCGUAUUAGUUACAGAUAUCGAUUUGUAACUGAUGAAUACGGGCAGACGGCUGUAUAAAAGUAGAUUGUUUUCUCAGAUCACAGAGGCUUUCAUGUACAUAAUGUGGAUCGAGUGGGGGGCAUAAUGCCUUUUUUUUCCUUUCCUUUUUUUCUAUUUUAAUGAGCGUUCCUUGCCACUUGCUGACAAAAGGACGGAUUCCCGAAUCCAUGGUGUUCUACUUUUCUAAACACUUGUUAGAUAAAAUACGACUUUUGCUGUUAUUAAUUCACCUCAGUUGAUUGUCAGAUACUGCGUUUUUGGAAGCACUGUAAAUUCCAUUCAUGUCCAUAACAUUGAAUAUGAUAUCUGCAGACAUUUUGUGCAUUUUUUCUCUUCUUAGGUCUUACAGCCCUUCGUUUCUUAAGAAAAGAAAAAAGUAAACACUUUCCACACUCGACAUGUGGAGUAGUUUAUUAACUCAAAGGAAGAUUAGUAACAGCUGAAGUAAAUAAUAAUAAUAAUAAUAAUAAUAAUACGACUUUUGAUUUGCUAAUAUUAUAAUCAGGAGGUCAUUUCCGAAAAGAAGGAAAAUGUACUUUAUUUAAGUUAAAUUAUUUCCUUGCAGUUGAGCUUAGUGAUCAUUACAGAGUAAGAGUAACUCCUAGUAUCAUCGGUUCAGGCUCAGAUUGCCUUCUCUUAAAAUGUAUUGGCUUACUACUGUGUAGUUUUAUUGAUGCAUUACUUUUCUUUUGCUUUUCUACAUGUCAUUUAUUUAAGAAUGAUUUUGUUUUACAGGUAAAUUAGUACGGUCACUGUUCUGUGCUUACUUGCAUGAAGGACUGAUUCUCCGAGAGAAUUAGACUGGUAUUUUAAUCAUAUCUUAGUUGGAUUAUUGCUGUAGGACAUGUUAAACUUUGAUUCUCAGUCAGGAGGUGGCCGGUUUUACUUUCUGCUGUUUGGUCACGCUGCGGAAAAUAAGGAUGUUACUAUUAUUGUGUUGGCAGUAAACUUGUAAUUUCGUGAAAGUUAUGUAUAAAGUAACAUAAAAUUAAUACAAUGUUGUAAUAAAUC